AAAACAUAAACAAAACAAUAACUAAAAGUUUGUUUUUGUGUGAAAAUUGAUUGAAAUCUUUUAACAUAUUUGGUCGAUCGCUUUAUUCAACAAAUCAUAGUAAAAUAUGGAUAUUAAUUAGUUAUUUAGUGGAUUUUGGUAUUUAUACAAGGCUGAUAAGUAGAUGAAAUUGAGAGCUAUAGUUUCAUGUUUGAAAUGCGUAAAUGAACGCGUGUUUGUGUGACAAAUGAAUGGAUGUGUUUACUGUGCUUGAUUGAUGGAAAAUUAUGAUAUAGUCAGUACAAUUGGACGAGGUGGUUCCGGGAAAGUGUUUCUGGUGCGAAGCAAGGAAGAUCAGAGGUAAAUUUGCAGUUAUUGUAAGAUAUGCACUGUAUAUUUAUGUGUGCUUUUAAUACUGUAGUAGCUAGUGGUUGUUUGAAGUUUGUAAAAUGAUCAUUUAUGUGUGUGUUGAUGGCGUUGAGUAUUUAAUGUAUAUAACCAUCAAGUGUAUGGGUUAUAAUUUGAUUUUCCAAUAACCAACUCAAAUACUCAAUUUUUAUCUUCAAAUGACAAGACACUCCACGAACUUAUAUCCAAGGGCCCAGGGCUACCUUUGGCUUACCCCUGGUUAGCCAGGGUGCAUUCCAUGCAAAGUCUACGCCAAAGAUAUGCCAAUAUUAACUAUAGAUAGUAUUGUAAUUUGCCAAACUCAUGAAGGUCUUUGGCGUAGGCCACUUAAAAUGCACCCUGGCUGGUUAGGGAUUCGCCCUGGAAAUCUGGGUUCAGUUCCAGUUCAUUUGCACUACAUCAAAGUAAGGUUCAAACUAACCUGAGUUGAUCGCCUCUUUAAUGAACUUCAAAAAGCCAACUCAGGUGGAAAUUUAUCUUCAUGAAUAAAAGAUAUCUGAGAUUUUUCACCUUAAUAUUAUCUAGACAAUAUGCACUGAAACAGAUUAUUUUGAACACAAAAUCAAACACGAAAGAAUCUGUACUUAAGGAAGCAAGGUAAUUGUCAUCAUUUGCAUUUAUGGAUGCACAGUCAAAGAUAAAAACAUCGUCUUUAUUCUCACCUAAAACUUUAAUGUUUAAUCGUUUUUACAGGAUUCUCUCGACAUUAAAGCAUCCACAUAUUGUCACAUGUUGCAAUUUCUUUUUUGAUGAUCUUGAAGAACACUUAUAUAUAUUACAGGUAUAUCCCAUACCCUUGGCCAUUUGGGGGCAAAUUCUACUAUGAAGCAUUAUUAGGGUCAUAAUUCAAGUAGAAAUUCUAUUGUGUUAACACUCAAUAUAUGUUUCUGUUAUUUGAAUACAGUAACAUGAUUUAAGUUUUAGCAUUUGAAAACAGAGCUCUGACUUUUGAAAAAGGAGUUCUGUUUUGAAAAGGGAGUUUUGGCAUUUGAAAAUAGAGUUUUGGCAUUUGAAAAUGGAGUUCUGGCUUUUCAAAUUUCAAAUUGUGUUAUUCGAUUUCAAGUUAUGUUAUUAGAAUUCAAAUUGUGGUAUUUGAAUAAAAGAAACAUAUAUUGAGUGUUAGCACAAUAGAAUGUCUAUUUGAAUUAUGACCCUAAUAACGCUUCAUAUGUACAUCCUUAUUUGUUUCGAAGAUUAUUUUAUAUUAGCAAUUUUAUAUUAGCAAUUUUAUAUUAGCAAUUUUAUAUUCAUUUUCUCAUGAUUGGGUCAUUCCAGAAAACAUCCAUACCUCCCCACAGAGUAAACUGGAAGUUAACCCCCCUACCCUCUUUGGAUGCCCUAAUACACUUAUUAUUACCAGAAACAAAUUUUUCUCACCCCCCCCCCCUCUGGAUGGCAGCAAUUUCCUCCUUUGGGGAGAGUGUGGAUCUUCUCUUGAACGACCCAUUAUUCAUGAUAAUUAAUUGUGAAUAUUGCAGGAUUAUUGUGAUGGGGGUAAUUUACAGGACCAAAUUUUUGAUAACAAAGAGGUAGGUAUGAUAAAAUUAAAUAUUUCUGCUGCUAAUGCAACUUCUGGAAAUUAUAAAUUAACCCAUUGAGUGGCAGGCUGGAAGCACUCUCCACUUGGCGAGUAAAAUUGUCUGGUGUUAGACAGAGUAGAGGGUGCAUUGCCAAUUUAACCCUUUAAAAAGGGUUACUGUAGUGUGAAAUUGACAUAUUUUUGUUUAGAAACAUGCAAACAUUAAAGAAAAACAAAUUAUGCAGGUGAAAUAGAUUUGUGUCUAGCUUUUACUGUAGGAGGAUUAAUUUUGUACAAUAUUAAAAAAUUUCCAUUCUCUUUUAUUUAAUUAAACAGUGGUUUGUUCAAGUAACAAUGGCUGUUCAACAUAUUCAUGCAAACAAAAUUUUGCACAGGUAAUAAUUGCUUUCAGAGCAUUGAUUUUUUCUGUGUUGGUGUUAUGCAUCAGGUGAAUAUGAUGUUUGUGAUGUUACUCUGAGUGUAUAUCCACACCGGACAAGCUUGAAAAAUAUGCCUGGCCACGGUGUGAAUUGAACCUACGACCUUUGGCUUUGAACAGAAUUUCUUCGUUCUUAUUAUAAUUGUCUUUUAACACAACAUUUCAGAGACCUGAAAACACAGAAUAUCUUCUUAACAAAACGAGAUCUUGUCAAGAUCGGUAAGUGACAGUCUGUGACAUUGUAGGUAGCAAUGAUAACGGACAGCCAUGGUGUGAUUCAAUGUAGUGAAACGCACCUAUUGUGUCCAUUCCAGGUGAUUUUGGCAUUGCUAAAGUCAUGGAGAAUACGUUGGACAUGGCUGAGACGUGCUGUGGUACACCUUGUUAUCUCAGUCCAGAAUUAUGUCAAGAUGUACCAUAUACCUCAAAAGCUGAUAUCUGGGUAUGACUAAUAUUUAUUUUGUAUUUGAAACUCAAAUUAUUGGACAUUUUGGAUUGGUUGUAUGAAGGCCAGAUAACGCUGUGAAAGUGAUUUUUUUCAACGUUUCUUAAAUUGCUCAUUGAUUGGUAUAAUCUGGGUUAAACUUUAGUAUUAAAUGUUAAAUUUUCAUUUAAUUUGUGAGGUCAUGAAUAUCUGUAGUUUUAUAACUUUUCAAAGAAUCAUUAUCCAGUGGAUAGCACCUUGGUACAACCGAGCCCUAGGGAGAGGUUUGGAGGUUUAGAACUGGUAGAGUUAAGCAGUAUAAAUAAAGAUUUAAGGUGAUUUAUAUUUUGAAGCAAAGUGUUUUGUUUGUAUCUAGGCUCUUGGUUGCCUGCUAUACGAGUUGUGUUCUCUACGCCCGGCAUUUAGCGCUGGAAACAUUGUCAGUUUAUUUUACAAAAUUGUGAGUGGGAAUGUCGAGGUAUGUCUACAAUAUCAUCAUCAUCAAUAUUGACACGACAGGGUUAGAAAUGAUCAUUUUACUUUGUCUAGCCGAUACCAUCAGUGUACAGUGAAGACGUCGGCAAUCUAGUAUCUCACAUGAUGUCAAAGUCUCCAGACGAUAGACCAAGGUACGCUAACGAUAAAUAUCGAAUGAUCCACAAUGUGUCAGCGUACAGAGAGAUUUUGGUGGAUUCAACCACCGGAAUUUUGGUGGAUUCAACCACCGAAGGCACUUCGUCCUACUAACUUUCCAACGAAGAGCCUUCGCUCAAAACGUCAGAGUUUUGCUUGUAUUUUUCAGGCUGCAUUUCGUCAACCAUAAAUAUGUUCAAAUUCUGUCACAGAUUUUCUCCACUUAAUUUCGUAUUUGGACUUUUCUCUUGUUACAGUAGUUUUGUUAUUAAACACAGUUUUUGUUGAACUUUUAGCGCCGGUGCAAUCCUGAAUAUACCGUUCGUAAAAGAACAUCUCUCCUUGUUCAUCGAGGGCAAGAAAAGUUUAAAGGAACAACAACGGUACAGUUAAUGACAGAUAAGCUAGUGUUGUACGAGUUAGCGUUACGCAAGUCUGCCAACAAGCCGUCAACAAGUUGUGUUCGCACUGCUUGUCCCAAGUUGUCAAUAAGUUUGGAACAAAGUUGUGAACAACUUGUAACAACCUUGCUGAUAUUAUCAGACGUGUUGCAAGGUUGUUCCAACAAGUCUGAUACAGUCAUGAUAUAACAAUAUUGUUACAACCUUGUGUCGUCAACCUUGUAACAUUCUUGUUAUAUCAUGACUGUAUCAGACUUGUUAGAACAACCUUGUAACAAGUCUGCUAAUGCCAUCAACUUGUUACAAGUUGGUAACAGCUUGUUCCAAACUUGUUACAACAACUGGGAACAAGCAGUGCGAACACAACUUGUUGACAGCUUGUGAACAUAAUUGCAACAACUUGUUUGCAGACCUGUAACAACUUGUGCGUUUUACUUGUUCCAACAACUUGUCAACAGCAUGUGUUCGCACUGCUUGUCCCCAGUUUGUUGACAAGUUGUCAACGGCUUGUUGACAACUUGCUACAAGGUUGAUGAGCUCAACAGACUUGUCACAAGUUGUUCCAACAACUUAUUAUCGCCCUGCAUUUCAACAAGUUGUGAGUGACAACCUUGUAGCUACUUGAUAAAAUAACGGCAUUGUUACAACUUGUUGACAAGCUUGCUUGUUAAAGCCUGUUGCGAACACAUCUUGUUGACAAUUUUACGUGUGCUUAUUGUAUUUUUUUUAAUAUUUAGUCCAAAUGAAGAUCUCCGUGUGAAGUCGGCCAGUAAUCAGCGAUGUUCCUCCCGACAAUCCAAGUCUCCUGUUGUCCCAGAGGAACCGAGCAGUCCCGAUUACCCUGACGAUUUCGAGGCGUCAUCCGACGACGACGAGGCGGAGUAUUCCGAUGACUUUGACGAAGGGGAGGGAGAUGAGUCCCUCAAGGAGCCAAUGGCGGCCAAGACAGGUGUUGGUUUGAGUAAAGUUGGUGUGAAUGUCGAGAGUUACUCUGAUGAAGAGUUUGAACAGGAUUCCGAUUCUGAGGUAUAGUUGCGAUGGUAGUGGUGGUGAUGAUGAUGGUGGUGUGAUGGUGAUGGUAGUGGUGAUGAUGAUGGUGGUGACUGUGAUUGGUGAUGAUGGUGUUGGUGACUGUGAUGUUGGUGACAUUAAUGUGCUGUUGAUUGUGGUAGUUUGGAUGGUGAUAGUGAUGAUGGUGAUGAAGAUGGUGGUGAUGAUGAUGAUGGUGAUGGUGAUGAUGAUGAUGAUGGUGAUGGUAACUGUGAUGAUGUGGUAGUGGUGGUGAUGAUGGUGAUGAUGAUGUUGAUGGUGAUAGUGGCAAUGACGGUGGUGGUGACGGUAGUGUUGCUGUUGAUUGUGGCAGUUUUGAUGAUGGUUGUGGUGGUGGUGAUGAUGGUGGUGGUGACAUUAGUGGUGCUGGUGAUUGUAGUAGUUUUGAUGGUGAUGAUGAUGGUGGUGUUGAUAAUGAUGAUGACGAUGAUAUAGCUGUUGGCAUGGUAAUGACGUCAUGCAAACUAUGGUCAAUUAUUUCUGAUAUUUCCGUUUCCUUAUAUUCUAGUCUCUGCGAAAUAUUCUCGCUUCAGCAAAGGCAGCCCAAGACUUAGAAGGUAUACACUAUACUGUAGUUCCUCUUUACUUUAGCGAAAUGAAAUCAACGUAGCCAAGAUUUAUCAAGUUUUUGAACUUCUUUAUUAGUGCCUGAGGAGACAGUUGAAGAUUAUGAACGACCAGCAUCGUCUUGUCGAGACAUCAUAAAAGAGUAAGACAGCUUACUUGCCAAGACAGUUUCCUCUUAUGAAGUGUUUAAGUGUGUUGCAAGUUGCAAACAAAAAACAUAACAACAAAUAAUAUUUUUUAUUUUUGUAAAGGCCAAUUUAUGCUACAUAACUUUUGCCUAAAAUUGUCGCAUGCAACCUGCUUACAACUUGAGUUGUACUGUGUAAAUCAAACACACAACUUGCCUACGUUGUAGGUUGCAUGCGACAGUUUUAGGCAAAAGUUGUGUGGUGCAAAUCGACCUUAAACUGUUUUAUUAUUCACCAAACAUUAGGGGAUGCAUAAAUGUUCUUGGUGAAAAAGCAUUUAAUGAAGUCAAAGAGUUGUGUCAGAAUGGAAAGAAUAAAAUUGAAGAUCAUCCAGGGUAAAAUAUCACGUUGCUUGUCGACUCCCCUACACAGACGAGCAGCCUUUCAAGUCUCCUUCAAAAGCGGACUUGCUCGAGUGUAUGAUCAACAUUUUUUUCUUGACAAGUUGAGUCGCUAGAAUCAAUAAAUAAACUGACACUUCAUGUAUCUUUCGUCCAUCUAGGCAAGAAUUUGAGAAGUUAAGUGGCUCUGACACGAUGGAAACAUGCUUCCUUGUCAACGAACUUUUUAUGCUUGAUCCAUCCUGACCAGAAAAUCUAAAUUUCACGAAUCAAAAUAAUGGUUCUCAAUAUUCACAGGGUGUUAGCUAGCCCAUAUACUGUCCGUUUGACGGACUCUUCCCAAUUGAAGUAGCUAAGGGGCUUUCCUAACUGGGUCUACAGGAAGAUUUUCAUUUUUUUCUGAUGAGAAAGUGCAUUGCGUUUGAUUUUAUAUUAUUAUAUCAAAGAACGUUUUAUUUACUUUUUCCCAUUAACUAUUUUCUCAAAAUGUAUCGCGUUUCAUUCAUAUUGGGUGUGUAUUCACUGAAAUGAAAUGUAUAAAACAAAGUGUAAUCGGUGUGCAUCCGUGUUUAUUCACCGGAAAUGAAAUAUACAAA